UCACCAGUUAAAAUCCACGAAUGUACACAGUUUCUGCAGAGUAGUGAAGAAAACACUGAAGGGAGCGAGUUGGGAAAGUUAUGUAAAACAAGAAAAAGAACGGAUGAUCUGAGUGGAGAAACCUCCGUGAAUUAACUUAACGAAAUGGCACUGUCACACAAGCUAUCAACAUUAUUACGGGGAAACUUUGUUUUUGCAGGUCGACUUCAAGCACCAUCUUCAAGCUUACUGAGCGUUGCAAAACGACAGAACUCCACAGAUGCCGCACCUAAAGUGUAUGGACCACUGAAGGACCAGGAUCGUAUCUUUACCAACCUGUACGGGCGUCAUGAUUGGAAACUCAAGGGUGCUAUGUCUAGGGGUGACUGGUACAAAACUAAAGAGAUCUUAUUAAAGGGACAUGAUUGGAUCCUUAAAGAGAUAAGAGACUCUGGAUUGAGAGGACGAGGCGGGGCAGGAUUCCCAACCGGGAUGAAGUGGGGCUUCAUGAAUAAACCAUCAGACGGAAGACCUAAGUACCUGGUUGUCAACGCUGAUGAGGGGGAGCCAGGGACAUGUAAAGACAGAGAGAUCAUGAGGCAUGAUCCUCACAAACUAGUAGAAGGAUGUCUCGUUGCUGGAAAGUCUAUGGGUGCUAGGGCUGCUUACAUCUACAUUCGUGGUGAGUUCUACACAGAGGCUUCCAACAUGCAAAUUGCUAUUAAAGAGGCUUAUGAAGCAGGUCUGAUUGGAAAGAAUGCCUGUGGUUCUGGGUAUGACUUUGACGUCUUCAUGCACCGAGGUGCAGGGGCUUACAUCUGUGGAGAGGAAACGGCAUUGAUUGAAAGCCUAGAGGGUAAGCAGGGGAAGCCACGUCUUAAGCCACCCUUUCCAGCUGAUGUGGGUGUCUUUGGUUGCCCAACCACCGUCGCUAACGUUGAGACAGUCGCUGUUGCACCCACUAUUUGUCGUCGAGGGGGACCGUGGUUCGCCUCCUUCGGCCGAGAGAGGAACACCGGUACGAAGCUCUUCAAUAUCUCAGGAAACGUUGUCAACCCUUGCACGGUAGAAGAAGAGAUGUCCAUAUCACUGAGGGAGCUGAUAGAGCGUCAUGCUGGGGGUGUGACUGGUGGAUGGGACAACCUACUCGCUGUUAUUCCAGGAGGGUCGUCAACACCUUUGAUUCCCAAGAGUGUUUGUGAUGAUGUCAUGAUGGACUUUGACGCUCUGGUAGCUGCGCAGACCGGUCUUGGGACAGCAGCCCUCAUCGUUAUGGACAAACAAGCCGACGUAGUCAACUGCAUCGCUAGACUAAUUACCUUCUACAAGCAUGAGAGCUGCGGACAGUGCACACCAUGCAGGGAAGGAACAGGCUGGAUGGAAAAAAUUAUGGAUAGAUUUGUAACUGGUAACGCUAAACCUGAUGAAAUAGACAUGCUGUAUGAGCUUAGUAAGCAGAUUGAGGGACAUACCAUCUGUGCGUUGGGUGAUGGAGCAGCAUGGCCUGUACAGGGAUUGAUUCGUCACUUCCGUCCAGAGCUGGAAAGCCGGAUGCAAAGAUUUCAUGAGCAACAACAAAAGCAAAAAGCUGCUUCUUCAUCGUAGGAAAGUAACGGAACUUCUUGAAGACAAUGGUUUAGCAAACCAAAGACUUACAGGAGGAAUAAAUAAACGAUUAAUCAACAUGUACAUUAAAUUUUUGUCUUCAGUAAUAGUAGCAAUACAAGAAAAAUUUGAGUGAUUUUAUGACCUCAUCUUAAAAAUUUACACUGGUAGUGAAUUUUUGUGAUUUUAUGAAAAAAGCAACAUUUCAAAUUUCUUCCCAUUUUUCUUUAACGUGUUUUUCUGUUUUUGGGGUACUUAACACCACAGAUGAAUUUAUCAUAAUAUUUAUAAUUUGUUUAUGAUACAUACCGCUUGACAAAACUAGCUCCCAAUGGAUUGCACAUAACUUCAUUGACCACUAUCUUUAAUGAAACGUGCUGGUGUGAAAGGCAAUCAUUGGCUUAGAAUUGUGCGCAGCGCGUACACACUAGCACUUUUCCAUUUUUUUCAUCAUAAUGGUCGAUGACGCUUUGUCUAAUCCAUCUUUUGACCCCUUGCACGCAAGACACACGGGGAGUGUGCCACACUCGCUAUUUUGGUGGUCAAUAGCUUCACAUGUAAACGCAGCGUCGCCUCAAAUGCACACUUCACUGAAAAAGCCUGAUGACAUUGACCACCAAAAUGGUGCAUUCAAGGUUAUUCUGAUGUUGACGUCAGGUGAAUUGGGCCAAUAAAUGCUAUCUCUUAGGGGAAUAUCCAAAAUGGGGAAAAAUUAAUAUGCAGGAAGGGUAGUCUAAACAAGGGAAAGUUUAGGCUUAGUUGGUCAUCGGAGUUGCGAGAGAGUAAUGAAAGGCUUCAGGCCUGAAGUCUUUUAAAUUUACUGAGAAAAUACC